GGCGGUGCGGUGCGGGGCGCUGGACACCGGGAGAGGCGGCUCGGACGGUGCGCCCCACGCGGAGACGCCGGGGCCCGCAACCCACAGCCGAGCUUCCUGUCGCUUCUCCCGGGGCGUGAAGCAAGCCUUCCUCCCUCCUGCUCCUGGCAGCGGAGCACGGGGCGGUGCCACGCCCAGCCCCGCCCCCUGGUUGCCGGGACAACGCCCGCACGCGCCUGGCCCCUAGUCCCAGAGCUGGGAGGGUACUAUCGCAGCUUCUCCGUCAGGCCUCGGGCCAUGGCGUCGCUACGCAAUGCCAACCCGAGGCUGAAGAACUACUUCAAAGAGAACUACAUUCCUCAGGUCUGCGAGGUACUGGACACGCGUGAGAGCGGAUACAGACCGACGGCACUGUUAUGUGGUAUACUUGUUACAUGUCCUGAGGAUCCGCUGAGGUAUUUAGAGGGAAUGAUCAUGGUUAUAAUCAAAAGUGGUCUUCAGAAUCUUCUUUGGGAUAUGUGCAUUGCUCCAUCAAUGAAAUCAAACAUUCGAAGAUUGUCUGAAACUUACCUGGAACAACUUUUUGAAUUGGAUGAUCAGCUGAUGGUGUCAGAAAUGGGAUCUGAAGUAGAGCUUCUAUCGACCCCAGGAGCGCUGAGUGAACUGAACAAGCAAGGUACCUGCAGGACCCACUUGUGUUCACUGAUCUCUCAGAGCAGCUGGGGAUCGUGGAUGACUCCGGAAUUGAUGAUAAAAGCCUGUAGCUUUUAUACUGGACAUUUAGUAAAGACUCAUUUUUGCACUUGGAGAGACAUAGCUCGUACAGAUGAAAAUGUCGUCCUGGCUGAAAAAAUGAACAGAGCAGUGACAUGUUACAAUUUCAGACUUCAAAAAUCUGUAUUUCAUCACUGGCACUCUUAUAUGGAAGACCAGAAAGAAAAACUUAAAAAUAUGCUAUUGCGGAUACAACAGAUCAUCUAUUGUCACAAGCUAACCAUUAUCCUAACAAAAUGGCGGAAUACAGCAAGACAUAAGAGUAAAAAGAAAGAAGAUGAGCUGAUAUUAAAACAUGAACUUCAAUUGAAAAAAUGGAAAAAUAGGUUAAUACUCAAAAGAGCUGCUGCAGAAGAAUCUAAUUUUCCUGAACAAAGUUCUUCUGAAGUCUCUCUUGUAGAUGAGACUCUAAAAUGUGACAUUUCACUGUUACCUGAAAGAGCAAUAUUACAGAUUUUCUUCUACCUCAGUUUAAAAGAUGUGAUAAUAUGUGGUCAAGUUAGUCAUGCCUGGAUGUUGAUGACACAACUAAACUCACUGUGGAAUGCUAUUGAUUUUUCCACAGUGAAAAAUGUGAUUCCAGAUAAAUAUAUAGUGUCUACUUUGCAAAGGUGGCGUUUAAAUGUGCUGCGUUUGAAUUUUCGUGGUUGUCUUCUCCGACCCAAAACUUUCAGAUCUGUCAGCCACUGUAGGAACUUGCAAGAGCUGAAUGUCUCUGACUGCCCAACAUUCACAGAUGAAUCAAUGAGACACAUUUCUGAGGGCUGCCCGGGGGUCCUGUAUCUCAAUCUGUCUAACACAACUAUCACCAACAGGACGAUGCGACUCCUGCCGAGGCACUUCCACAACUUACAGAAUCUUAGUUUGGCUUAUUGCAGACGGUUCACAGACAAAGGCUUACAGUACCUGAACUUGGGGAAUGGAUGCCACAAGCUCAUCUAUCUGGACCUCUCCGGCUGCACCCAGAUUUCAGUCCAAGGCUUCAGGUACAUUGCAAACAGCUGCACUGGAGUUAUGCAUCUUACCAUUAAUGACAUGCCAACUCUGACGGACAACUGUGUAAAAGCUUUAGUUGAAAAAUGCUCUCGUAUUACAUCGCUGGUUUUCACUGGUGCACCGCAUAUCACCGAUUGUACUUUCAAAGCUCUUUCUACUUGUAAACUCAGAAAGAUCCGAUUUGAAGGAAAUAAAAGGGUUACUGAUGCAUCCUUCAAAUCUGUAGACAAGAAUUAUCCAAAUCUCAGUCACAUUUAUAUGGCUGACUGCAAGGGAAUAACAGACAGCAGCCUCAGAUCCCUUUCACCUUUGAAGCAACUGACUGUGUUGAAUUUGGCAAAUUGUGUAAGAAUUGGUGAUAUGGGACUAAAGCAAUUUCUUGAUGGUCCUGCAAGCAUAAAGAUAAGAGAGCUAAAUUUAAGCAACUGUGUGCAGCUAAGUGAUGCCUCUGUUAUGAAACUAUCUGAGCGUUGCCCUAAUUUAAACUACUUGAGUUUACGAAAUUGUGAACAUUUGACUGCCCAAGGAAUUGGAUAUAUUGUAAACAUCUUUUCCUUGGUAUCAAUAGAUCUCUCUGGAACAGACAUCUCUAAUGAGGGUUUGAAUGUGCUUUCCAGACAUAAAAAAUUGAAGGAACUUUCUGUAUCCGAAUGUUAUAGAAUCACUGAUGAUGGAAUUCAGGCAUUCUGCAAAAGCUCAGUGAUCUUGGAACAUUUGGAUGUCUCUUAUUGCUCCCAGCUGUCAGAUAUGAUUAUCAAAGCACUGGCCAUUUACUGCAUUAACCUCACAUCUCUCAGCAUUGCUGGCUGUCCAAAGAUUACUGACUCAGCGAUGGAGAUGUUAUCGGCAAAAUGCCAUUACCUGCACAUUUUGGAUAUCUCUGGUUGUGUCUUGCUUACUGACCAAAUCCUUGAGGACCUUCAGAUAGGCUGCAAACAACUCCGGAUCCUUAAGAUGCAAUACUGCACAAAUAUUUCCAAGAAGGCAGCUCAAAGAAUGUCAUCUAAAGUUCAGCAGCAGGAAUACAACUCUAAUGACCCUCCACGUUGGUUUGGCUAUGAUAGGGAAGGAAACCGUGUUACAGAGCUUGACAACAUAACGUCAUCUAAAGGAGCCUCAGAAUUAACAGUGGAAAAGUCAGCAUACAGCAGCGAAGACCAAGCAGCGUGACCUUCAGCCUCAAGCAGGAAGAACAAAAAAUCAAGAACUUGGCAAAUUUUCUUCAUUUGUUGCAAGUAUGUUUACUAGCUGAAUCUCAAUAACAAUGUAAACAAGCAACAAACCAUCUUCUGAUUCUUAUUCCAACUACAAAUAUUUCCAAACACAUCAGUAGUUCUUCUGUCUAAAUAUCAUGAUUUAAAAAAGAAGCCAGGCCAGGAGCAGUGGCUCACACCUGUAAUCCUAGCACUUUGAAAGGCCAAGGUGGGUGGAUCAUAGGUCAGGAACUCAAGACCAGCCUGGCCAACAUGGUGAAACCCCAUCUCUACUAAAAAUACAAAAAUUAGCCAGGUGUGGUGGUGGGUGCCUGUAAUCCCAGCUACUCAGGAGGCUGAGGCAGGGUACUCGCUUGAACCUGAGAGGCGGAGGUUGCAAUGAGCCUAGAUCACUCCACUGCAUUCCAGCCUUGGCGACAGAGCAAGACUCCGUCUCCAAAAAAAAAAAAAAAAAAAGAAGCCAAAUCAAGUAGUGACUACACAAAAUUUCUGCCUAAAUUUAAUCAAACCAGUAGUUUUGAUGAGAUUAUAAAAUCUACAGUUAUAUGAAACAACCCUGAGAGAUGAGACUUUUUUGACAAGAAAUUAAGAAAUUUUUCUUUAGAAAGGAAAAAGAAAGCAGAGAUGGCCAUAUGUCAAACUAAGAGUUUGAGCCAGGGCAAUAACUUUAAGGAUCUGUGACACUUUUUAAGGCUUUAUAAAGAAUACAGACAUAUAUUAAUAUUUUCAAAGGAAAUGUGGCUUUUCUGUGGUUUCCAGACAUUUAACAACAAAAGAGAACUAAAUGCCGCCAAUUAACUCUGGACUUAUCUCAACAUUUGACUUAGUCGGGGCAAAUUAAAUAGAAACAAGAACUAUCUGAAUAGAAAGAAUGUCCAUGCAAUGUCUCAGAAAGAUAUCUCCUUAAUCAAAUUUGCACAAUGGAGGAAUUCUUAAACUACGCUAUGCCAAAAAAGAUGCUCCCUCAAUUUUAUGCUAGGAAGUAUGGGUUAUUAGUUGCAUAUCUACAUAUUGGUUUUUAAUAAGCUUUAAUCCGUGGGUUUUAGUAUAUGUGCUGCCGAAGUGAGCACAUCUGUGAGUUUUUACCAUUAUUUGAUAUUAUGUAACACUGAUGUUGACACAGUCCAAGACAAAGUACAACUCUGUUCUGACUGCCGCAAACAAGCUGUGUCAGCAAUAUCAGAUCAGCCUUUUAACCUUUCUAUUUCCUCAAUUACUUAUCUCUCACGUGGAGUUAAUUCUCUUUUUGUAUCCCACAAGUUUCAAAUAAGGAUUAAAAACUUAAGAUAAAGCAUCGUUAUUUUGAAAAGUUUUAAAAAGAUUGUACAAAGUAUUAUUAUAGGCUACCUUGUAUUAGCUAAAUGCUUUUAGUAAUUCUCCCCCACUGAGGAUGACUUGAAAGUUUUUGAAAUAAGGUAAUAUUACUUAGCUGUGGAAAGGUUCCUAGGAGUGCGCACACAGGCAACAGAAUCAUUUGAGUGGGAAGUUUUAGAACCAUAGCCAAGAGACAUAAGAUGACAUAAGAGUAUGAUUUUAACCUAAAUUUGGAAUUCUGGCAGCUGCAUUAAAGAUGUUUUCAAAAAUCUGAUCCCUAAGUGCUUCAUGCACACCACUGGUGGAACUUUUGAAAGAGGCAAUUGCUUUCUAAAGGAAUGACACCUGCACUGGGAAGACCCCGGUAAGAAACACACUCUGUUAUGUUCUCCAGAAACCUAGCAGGUUGCUUUACAUUCAGAGCUUGCUCCAAAGCUCUUUGAGUAACAUCCUCUCUUAAACAAGAACAGAAGACACAUUCAUUCAUUCUGGGGAGACAAAUUUUACAGCUACAUAAAUGAAGAAAAGGAGUAGAAAAAGUGAGCUAUGAAAGGAGACCAAGAAUAGGUAUACAGGUAGAGAAAUCUUUUAAGUUUUCAAUGCAAACUACUCAAAACAUUAAAGAUAUUAGUUAGGUCUUUAGCCCUUAAGCAUUUCAUAUUCAUAGGUCUGUGUCCAAGAGAGUAAAAUAUGGCAGCUUUCUCUUUUUGUCUGGGACUUAACAAUAUGAUCCAAAUAUGUACAAUUCCAUUAAUAGCUUUAAAUAUAGUUGACUGCUGUUAUGCUUAUGACUUUUCUGGCUGUGGUUGGCUAAUUUAUUUUUAGUCAUGAAAAUGUUUAUAUAAUUGCAUGAGGGUGAAAAAAGAUUAUCAAAAUUGCCUCACUGCCACACAGUUUCCUCUACUUAAUAGUAUAACACACUACAACCAUACCAAAUAUACCAAUGU